AGUUGGCUUUUAGCCGAGCAAAGCCAGGGAAGCGAACCCACCACGCAAAUCCACCAAGUCCAAGCAAGCAAACAAAUAUAAAAGAUGCCAUGACAGUGGGAGGCAACCGCCGUGUGCCACAAGGCAAGAUCGACAAGAUCAUCAUUAGGCCAAUAUGUGAGGGCCUUCAUACAUUUAGUUUGGUUGAACAACCUGCAUUCAAAGAACUUUUGACAACGCUAAAUCCACAAUGCAAGGUCAUUUCCAGGCCCACUGUCCGGACAAGAUUAGAGGCAUCUGCCAUUCAGAUGAAGAAGAAUGUCAUGUCCCAUCUCAGUAAAGUGAGCUACGUUGCCACCACUACAGAUUGUUGGACUGCACACCAGCAAAGUUUUAUUGGGGUGACGGGUCAUUUGGUGGAUGAAGAAACCUUUGAGAGGAGAUCAGCUGUGCUUGCAUGUAAGAGGUUAAGAGGGUCCCACACCUUUGAUGUCCUUGCAGGGGCACUUGACGACAUACACUGUCAGUAUAGAAUUAGGGGCAAAGUGGUGAGAACCACAACAGAUAGUGGCUCAAACUUCGUUAAAGCUUUUAGUGUCUUCGGAGAACAGAGCCAGUCUGAGGAUGCAGAAUCAGAUGCUGAGUCGGACAGAGAUUCAAUUGAUGAUGAGCCCACAGCCAACUACCUGGACACAUUCAGCAUCCUGGAGCAAGAUAAUGGCCUGGAGUACCAACUUCCUACACACCAAAGGUGUGCAUGCCAUCUUCUCAACUUAGUUGCCACAACAGAUGCUGAGAUAGCAGAAAAGAAGAUGGACACAUACAAGAGACUAUCACGUGCAGCCUUUGGGAAAUGUCAAGCCAUGUGGAACAAUAUGGGUCAUUCAUACAUGGCAGCAGAAGUUGUGGAAGAUCACUGCCGACUCCAGCUCAUCCGACCAAAUCAAACAAGGUGGAAUUCAACAUUCAUGGCUGUGGAGAGAAUCAUACGGAUCAUACAAGAGAAAGGGGAGGAGGCAAUCAGGAAUAUUUGUGAAGAAUUCAAAUUGAAAACGCUGACUCAAGCAGAAAUUGCUUUCCUGACUGAUUACUGCUCGGUGAUGAAACCUCUGGUAAAGGCCUUGAACAUACUUCAGUCAGAGACCAACACACACUUAGGGUGGCUUCUCCCAGUGAUAUGUCAGCUACAAGCAAAACUCAAAAGGCAGGAGACCUCAUCCAAGAUGUGUCUACCACUCAUCAAAGCCAUUCAGGAUGGUGUCCAAAAGCGUUUUGGUGAGAUGAUGAUGGACCCAGAACUGAUUGCGGCAGCAAUACUUCUACCGAAGUUCAAGACCACCUGGACAGAGAGGCCUGAUGUCAUAGAAACAGGUCUGGCUUAUGUCAGACAACACCUUGACCAGAUGGCAGAGGUGGAAGUGGAGCAAGUUGGACAACAUUCCUCAGAUGAAGAUGAUUUCUUCUCCUCAAUGAAGUCCAGAAGGUCAGAAGGUACAGGGGAGUUGGAAGGGUACCUAGCCUGUAUCCCAAACGAUAUGGAUCUGCUAAACUCCUUUCCAAAUUUAAAAAAACUCUCUGAAACUCAACACUGGCCUGCCUGCUUCAGCUGCCUGCGAGCGGCUUUUCAGUUGUGCUGGAUUACUGUUCACUGCAAAGCGAGCAAGGAUGAGCUCAACUAACUUUGAAAAUCAGCUGCUGCUUAAACUGAACAAGAAGUUUGUAGACUAGGUUAUAGGUGAUUUAGGGUGUCACAAAACUAGUGGCCUUGAUUUGCAAUAUUCCUCUCUGGAAUAUUGCUGCUCUUUUAUGUUAGUUCCUUUAAUUUUGUAAUACUUGUGAGCGUCAUCAUGUGGACAUUACUUUGUAGUUUGUACCUCUCUGAGAGAGACAGAGAGAGAAAGUAGGUGUGCACAAGCCUGUUUAAUGUUUUUUACCACUAAAUGGAUGAGCUCAAUUAACUUUGAAAAUCAGCAGCUGCUUAAACUGAACUGAAGAAGUUUGUAGACUAGGUUACAGGUGAUUCAGGGUGUCACAAAACUAGCUGCCUUGAUUUGCAGUAUAACAGCUGUUGCUGUUGGUGUUGACAUGUAUGUUGUUGUAAUUACACUUACAUUUGUGUAGGUAUUCUUUGUUGUUAUCGCACUUACACACACAUGCCCUCUAUAGCGCUCUUGCAGCUGUGGAGAUGGCAUUAACACAUUCUCAUUCUCUGACGGUUAACAAACACACACACACACACACGCAAGCAUGUCUCCUCUGGAAUAUUGCUGCUCCUUUAUGUCAGUUUGACUUUGUAGCAACACUCAUGAGCGUCAUCAUGUGGGCAUUACUUUGUACUUUUUACCUGUGUGUGAGAGAGAGAGAGGGUGAGAGGGAGAGUGUGUGCGUGUGAGAGAGAGAGUGAGAGAGAGAAAACGUGAGAGUAAGCAUGUUUAAUGUUGUACCACUAAAUGGAUGAGCUCAACUAACUUUAAGAUGCUACUUAAACUGAACAAAAAGUUCAGUUGUUGUGAAGU